AGUCUCGUAGCGGUCAAGGCUUCGCGGCGAACGCCCGUGCUUCUUUACAUAAAAAAAAAUACUUCAAGAAAAAGCGCGCGCGCCUUUAAAAAUAAUCGACAUCCGUUUGACGUAUAAAACAAUUCUUUUCAUCUUUAAUACAACUUUUGCUAAUUAUCUGUUUUUUUAGUACAAAUAACUGUUGUCUCUGUGCCGGUGGAUAAUGAGUUCGUUAGUGUGAGAGUAUAUACAUCUUGGACUCUAAUAAAACAGAUAACUCUCCAAUCAUUAUCAGACUACAAAAAAAUGCAACAUUCAUAGCAUCGGGAUAAUCUGCAAGCAUACAAAACAUCAUUAAAAAAUGGGCCCACCUCUAAACACGUGGCCAUACAGCCAUCCCAGAAUCAAAGGAGAACAGAACGACGAAGAAGAUAGUAAAGUGCUACCCAGUGACAGUUAUAUUUACGCGAAAUGUUCAAUAUUAAGCAUCGUAAAUAAUGUUCGUGUGAUAUGUUUAAAUUUUACAGUUGCUUUAAUAUUUUUUCAAGUGUUUUUAAAUUUGAACUCUGUUGCCGCGGGUCCGGUGAUACUAAAUUUGGAUUAUUUACAAGGUCCAGUGCCACUAGCUAGAAAUAUAAGACACUUGCCAUGCAUAUCAAGAAGAUCAGCGCAAGAAGGUUUAUGCAUGUUUGCCAUAGAUUGCCUAAAAUCAAACGGUACUCAUUUAGGAACUUGUAUUGAUCGUUUCUAUUUCGGUUCAUGUUGUCAAAUGCCCGAUAAAAAUAUAAUUCCACAAAUAAUUGAAAAUAUCGACGAUAAUUCGAUAGACGGUGCAAAUUUCGUUCACCCACAAUUGGAAGAUAAAAUUCAUGGUAUAGGCAACAAAGUAACUAGUGUAGCUACAAAGAAACCGUCCACAGAAAAGGUAACUGAAUUUACAACAGAGUCUCAUGUAUCAGAAAGCUCACAUGAUAGAACAGAACCUGAUGUAUUAGAAACCAAGUCCGAUGAAAUAACGACUAUCGAUAACAAAAUCGAAAAUUUGGACAAUAAAUUACAUACAACUAUAACAUUAGAUUUAGCACAAAAACAAACUACAAAGAUUGCAUCAACUGACAUACCAGUUACAGAAGUACCAAUAAAACUUUCGACUUUCCAAACAGUAUCUGGUAAUAAUGAAAAUUUGGAAACAGACAAAAUCAAAAAUGAUGAAAUAGAAAGUGUUACUACGGUAAUACCACCUACUACUACUAAAGCAACUGUAACAACUACUAAGGGGAGCACUAAGCCCCUAGCAUCUAGAAAACCUAUAAAACCUCCAUUUAAGCCGAGACCUACGAUUCGACCUUUAACUAAUUUUACAAGGCCUCAAUUUAGUCCUAGUAAUAAACCAAGACCAACAAAACCUAUAUCAGUAUAUAAUUCAACAAGAAAACCUCCAUAUAAAACCCCACCAAAAAGGCACUCUACCAAAAAACCUUUACCUUCGCCACCAAGAUUAAACAUAACGAUAAUUCCUCAAACAUCUAGCGCAAGGCCGCUCUUCACUAGGCCUUCAUCACCUAUCAUCACCUUCAUUGAUUCAACUAAUUCUAAAACAGAAGACGUUCCUACAACUACCACUACCACUACAACCACUACGACAACUACCACCACAACUUUAAGUCCUACAACAUUGUCUACAACCACAACAACAUUAGCGCCAACGGAACGUAUAACAGAAUCACCUGAGACAACAAUUUAUGAUUCACCAACUACUGAAAUUAUCACAGAAAAACCUACUACUAAGCCAGUAGCAGAAGUAACUCAGGAAAGCUUACCGGUGGAGCUAGAUAAAGAAGAAGCAGUAACCCAAGAACCAACAACUGAAAAAGAAUUAAAACCGGUGACUGAAAGCACUACUUUAUCAACAACAGCACCAAAUUCUUUGCUCUCAACUGAAUUCCCUCCAUUUGUGACCUGGUCUAGUAAUGUCGAUUCUGCAACAAAAGCACCAGAUGUAGCGACUACGGCCUCGGAUGAAGUAUGGUCACCAAUUACUCCACCCGAAGGCUGGGUUUUGAUAUCAACUUUGCAACCAAAACCUGAUACAACAGUCGCUAGCCCUACAACAACCACAACAUCUACUACCCCAAUAACGACUACCACUACUACCACAACCACCACGACUUCUUCCACCACCACGACACCCUCUACAACCACUACAACUUCCUCAACAACCACAUCCCCCUUCACAACUACAACGACUCCCUCCACAACUUCAACUCCUACGACAACAACAACUCCUGCCACAACAACAACUCCUACCACAACAACGACGACUACAACAGAAGCACCAACAACAAUUGUAGAAACAUCAGCAACUCAGCAACUUUCAUCAGAGCCAACAUCGACCUUAGCUGAUGUUACCACAACAGAGAAAUCAACAUCUUACAUUCCACCAAGUUCUUCUUCGCCAGCAACAACACAAACAGUCACUCCAACAACGACAACAAGCCUACCGACUUCAGAACUAUCACCGUCAACAUCUGUAUUAACGACCGAAGCACCUUUGCUGGAGUUCACUGUGAAUGUAACUUUGUCGCCGACUGUGCCGACGUCAACGCCGAGUUUGACCUCAGAAAAUGUUACAACAGCCUCAAACUUAAACUUUACUGAUACAACGACACUUGGAGUAUAUGAAAAUGAAACAACAACAAUAUAUCCAAAUGCAUCAUCACAGACUACAAUUAGUCCUGAAACUAUCAAUAUGUCUGACUAUAAGGACGUGUGCGGUCGGCGACUUUGGCCACAGGGGCGCAUCGUUGGCGGCACCAAGUCCAGCUUCGGCCAGUGGCCGUGGCAGAUCUCACUACGUCAGUAUAGAACCUCUACAUACCUCCACAAAUGUGGUGCUGCACUCUUGAAUGAAAACUGGGCCAUCACAGCCGCGCAUUGCGUUGAACAUGUACCACCAUCAGAGCUGCUCGUGCGACUAGGAGAGCAUGACUUAGCGACAGAGGACGAGCCGUACGGGUUCGCGGAGCGCCGCGUACAGAUCGUGGCCAGCCAUCCGCACUUCGACCGCAAUACAUUUGAAUACGAUCUUGCGUUACUGAGGUUCUACGAACCAGUGACAUUCCAGCCGAAUAUCUUGCCGGUGUGUGUGCCGGACAACGAUGAUGACUACGUCGGCAAGACUGCUUACGUCACCGGCUGGGGAAGACUCUAUGACGAGGGUCCACUGCCGACUGUACUACAAGAAGUGCAAGUGCCAGUGAUCAACAACUCUGCGUGCGAGGCGAUGUACCAGGCGGCCGGGUACACGGAGCACAUACCUAACAUCUUCAUCUGCGCCGGCUGGAAGUCGGGCGGAGCUGACAGUUGUGAAGGUGACAGUGGGGGUCCGAUGGUGUUGCAGCGAGAGCGCGACGCCCGCUUCGUGCUGGGCGGCGUCAUCUCGUGGGGCAUCGGUUGCGCGGAGCCCAACCAGCCCGGAGUCUACACGCGCAUCUCCGCCUUCCGCGACUGGAUCAACCAGAUAUUGCAGUUCUAAACCGGUUUCUCCUCAUAUUGCUCCUUGUUUUUAUAUAAGAGCAGCCAUUCAUGGUGCAGUCGGAAUAGAUAACGAU